CUGCAACCAAAGAGACAACAGUGAACAGUAAAUCAAUUCUCAUCUCUUUUAAUUCGACAGAAUGAUUUUCGAAAUUUUUCUAACGAUUCUGCUCGUCAGUCUCAUCAUCAAGGCAACAAAACGUCCAUGGAACUUUCCGCCAGGUCCAAGAGGAUUGCCUCUAGUCGGCUAUUUACCUUUCUUUUCAUCGUGGGAUCCACAAUAUCCACACGAGGCGAUGAAGAAGAUGAGCGAAGUCUACGGACCUGUGGUGGGAUUGUUUAUGGGGCCCAGCCAGACUGUCAUUUCCGUUUGUAGUCACGAAGCCGUCAAAGAGGCCCUACUUAAUGACGAUCUUAACGGUCGCCCCUACUCCGCUGUUGCACUGGCUCGAGCGUUUGGAGAAAAACUUGGGAUUAUGUUUGUCACUGGCCAAUUUUGGCAAGAACAGCGUCGAUUCACCAUGAGACAUCUCAGAGAUUUGGGAUUCGGCAAAACUUCCAUUGAAGAUCAGAUGAUGGGCGAACUUGGAGAUCUGAUAAAAGAUAUAGAAAACAAAAGUCAAUCAGAUUCCGAACGAAUUGUUGAUUUUAAAGGCAUUUUUCAAGUUUCUGUGAUAAACAUUCUAUGGGCUAUGAUCGCAGGCGAACGUUUUCAACGGACCGACCCCAAAUUUCAACAACUACUGACGGCUAAUGAACUCAUCUUCAGAUCGGGUAAUGUCGUUCGAGGCAGCAUUCCAAUUCCUGCAUUUGUUUUGAAGCAUUUCCGCUUUGUGAGAGACUUCAUCGGACUAAAAACCGAACUGAUUGAGCCAAUUCAAAAAUUCAUUCAAGAAACCAUAGAAGAUCAUCAACAUCGAAACCUAACGGAAGAAGACGCUGAUAAUUUCAUUGACGUUUACCUGAAAGAAAUGAACAAACAAAAGGCAGAGAAUCCAUCAACAAAUUUUACGAACAAGCAGCUAAUAUCGACGAUAACAGACCUGUUCAGUGCAGGCGCUGAAUCAACAAGCGGCUCCAUAGGGUUCGCCAUUAUUCAUCUGAUUCGCGAUCAGCAAGUACAGCAAAAAAUGCAAAUGGAAUUGGACCAAGUCUGUGGGGAAUUUUUCCCAACUCUUAACCAUCGAUCCAGCUUACCUUAUACUGAAGCAGUUCUUAUGGAAGCCCAGCGUUGCAGCUCAAUUGCACCAUUAACUGUGCCUCAUUAUGCUGUCAAAGACACAACGAUCCAGGGCUAUACAAUUCCAAAAGACAGUGUUGUAAUGCUGAAUCUGGAUGCAGUUUUCAAGAAUCCUAAAUACUGGAAUGAACCGGAAGUGUUCCGUCCGGAACGCCAUUUGAAUGAAGACGGCACCAAAGUGAUUAAAAACGACCAUUUCUAUCCUUUUGGCCUUGGGAAAAGAUUAUGUUUAGGAGAAUCUCUUGCAAGGAAUACCUACUUUCUCUUCACAGCUGCUUUAAUCAAGAAGUUUCGAUUCGAGCCAGUACCCAACGGACCUCUUCCGUCUCUCGCCCCCACGAAUGGAUUUACUUUGGGCUACCAGGGCUUUAAAGCGGUCGUUACUCUUCGUUCGUGAAUUCGAUGGACUACGACAAGAAAAUCUUCGCCUUUCACUUUUUUCUUGCAUUUUUAUCUUCUUUGUCUUGUUGUCACUGAUACACUACUGGAUUUGCAA